ACGUUUUACAAAGUAUAGAGAAAACAAUUUGCUUGUGCGAGCACAUGGCGCUAACAGUCAUGUGUUUUUUUACUAUUUUAACUAUUUUUCCGGAAAGACAAGUGAUCAAGAUCUGAUUUUUUUAUAGUGUUGUAGUUUGAAAUGUCUUCUAUUGAUGCACUCAAGUCCAAGAUCGCUAGCUACCUCACAAGUACAGACUUGCUGGAGCCGAUCUACUUGACGCUUUUUGGCACUUUGUGAUACACGAUAUUUGAUGUAAAAUGCAAUUUUGAGAAAAAAGUUCCUCCCGUUUUGGAUAGUUGCUUAUUUGAUUUAACGGUGUGUGUCUGAGGCAAAAACUGCUUUUGAGUAGCAAAGUUCCUGAAAUAUUUCUGUUUGAAAACAAACUUCAAGACAAAGGCAAUUUUUUCCAUUUUUCUCAACUUUUGGAGUUAUUGUCUCCCGUUUUUCCAGAAAAACAGUGUUGGAGCAACAGUUGUUGUUAUUUUUUUAUCUUAGGUGAUGAAAUAAAAUGCCGACAAGCCAUGGAUAAACCCCUUCCAGAAGGUGUCACGGACGACAUGGCUGAACAAAUCAAUAAAUUAACAGAAUGGAUGUUUUUUAAUGGACAUUAUAUUUUGAAAGAUACGGUGGAUGAUGUAACAAGUGCGAAUCGACGUGAACUGGCACGAUUAGCAAUGGGCCGAUUUUUAUCUGAAAUUUUAAACGAUAUUCAACAGAAAGUCAACGAUAAUAAUAAUCAAAAAGUGGCAUCACUAUAUACUGCACAUGAUACAUCUAUAAUACCACUAAUGGAAGCACUAGGUCAUGGUGAAGUUUUUGAAUAUGGAUGGCCAUUAUUGGGAUCUAACAUGAUUAUUGAACUGUGUCAGGAUACUAAUGAGCAUCAGGACAAGGAUAAAUACUGGAUACGAAUUUUAUUCAAUAACAAACAAAUAGAUCUGUUACCUUAUGAGAAAUGGCUGAUGAAUGUUGCACAGUUGAUACCAACAAAUUUUGACCAAGAAUGUAUUGCACAUUCUAAACAUCCAAUCCCGGAUUAUAAUUGGUAG